AUGACAACGAUGAUAAACCUUACUUUGCUACCAGUCACUCCCUCACAAGAAUCGACGAUGAAGCCGGUCUUAACGCCGAUCAUAUAUUGUGGGCCAGGUGCAAAUCUGUAUCCGCUAUGUGAUGAAAUUGCAUCUCAACCGCCUUCCUCUAUAGGCUCAGCGGAAAUCUCUUCAGCUAAAGCUCUUUUACCAUUGGCAAAUAGACCUAUGCUAGCAUUUGCACUGCAGAGCGUCUUUUCGGCAGGAUUAUCAAAUUGUAUCGUUCUAGCACAUUCUUCACAGCAUGCAGCUAUCGUUCGAGCUCUCUCCACUAUCAAGCUGGUAGCACCACCCAACCUUGCUUUCUUGACCGACAAUAAACGAAGACCCAAAGAGACAAAAGAUCAUGAUCGAUCAACACAAGGAACAAUCACAUUCAUUGACCCGACUCUAUCUGGACCACCUGCUAUUCCGACUGCUUCUAGCUCGGCAGGUGCAAAUGCCACAAGCUCAGCAUCCGCCAUCACCUCAUACACUGCCAAUGGAAGCAUGCGAGUUGAGCUUUUACCUCUAGGACCGUAUGAUGGAAACACAGGUGUGAACAAAGCACCCAAUGAAAUACAGAAGAACUUUCGCAGAGGUCCUCUAGGAACAGCUGAACUUCUACGAUGGAUCGCUUCGAUAGGGAAAUUAGAUUCGGAUCCGCUCGUUUUGCCAGUUGAUUUGGUAGCUCCCGCUUUCCCUCUACGUGAUUUGAUCGAUGCAUAUGUCCAGUCCCAGGCACUAUCACCUAGAACGCCAACAGCUUGUUGUGCAUUGUACGAACGUGGAGCAGGAGAAGGAGUCGGGAAAGAAAGGGAGAAGGAAGGACCACCACGCCUCAUCUCUGCUUAUGCUCCUGAUGAAGCAGAAAGCAGCAACAGAUUGGUCUUCCUACAGGAUUCAGAUUUAUCAGAAGAUUUGAGCAUUCGAAGAUCGCUUCUCGAGGAAAUGCCCCAGACUCGCAUCUCAACGAGACUAUUAGACGCUCAUGCAUACAUUUUCAAUAAACAGCAGCUCUUGCCUUUGCUUGAAUCGAAUCCAAGACUGACAAGCUUGCGUGAUCAUGUCUUACCAUUGAUCGCCAAGGCUUCAUGGAUGAAGGGCUUGCGAGAAAAGGCAAAUUGGCACUUACCCGGCGAACGAGAUGACGAGUCGGAUGAUGUGCUUAUGGACACGACAGAGGAUCUUGCUGUUGCAGAUUCGAAUGGUACACUAUUACACGAAGAGGCAAUCGGUCGCAAUUCGAAUGGAAGAAGUGGCUCCAAACAAAAUGAGCAGAUUCGCUGUUUGACCGUUGUCGUCAGGCUUGAUUCGAGCCCAAGCAAUGGAGCGGAAGUGUCUUCUUCUACAUUACCACGAUUCAUUGCCAGAGCCAAUACUGUGGCUACGUAUUUGGAAAGCAAUAGAUGGCUUCUGCGAGCCUGUCAAUCACAGGAAGAUCAAUCUGCAUUUGUCAUGCCAGACAUUGUCGAAUCAAGCAUUCAACCAAUCUCCGAGCCUGUGGAGGGCACACCAAACAUAGCACCUUCAGCGCAAAUCUCGCAGGAUUCCAUCCUGGGUGCUCAUGUACGUGUUGGUGAGAGGGCAAGUAUAAAACGCUCCACAAUCGGACACCAUUGCGAGAUCGGUAGAGGUGCACGCUUGUCUGGUUGUAUUCUGAUGGACGGAGCAAAAGUAGGAGAGAAUGUCAGGCUGGAAAACGUGAUUUGUUGUGCAUCUAGUAUUAUAGGUGAUCGCUGUACUCUCAAAGACUGUGACGUUGCUCCUGGUGUCCAUGUGGCAGCAGAGACGAAUGUCAAGAACGAGAAGUUGGUAGGAGAACAUGAGGAGGAGGACGAAGAUGACGAAGAGGAGGGAUGAAAUAACAGAAAAUUAAAUAACAUUGUACAA